AUGGCCCCGUCAUUCCUCUCCCUCAGAGACCUGCGUCGUCGAUCCAAGGCAAGCUUCCGGACCGAAACCUCGACCGAUGCAUCCAGCGAUGGUGCUUUGAGCCACGACACUCACGACACCGCCCCGUCCAGCGGCUCAUCAACGCCGCCCUCAGUGGCCCAGCAGUCGGAUCCCGCGCUCAAUCUCCAGGUCAAGGACAGCAAUGGGUCUGGCCAGUCCGCGGCACAGGCUCCCACCCGGCCCAUGAUGGUGCCCAGCGGGAACUCGAGUCGGUACAGCGUCUCAGGCAUGUCUGGCCUGGGAUCUCCUUCGCCCAACGGGAGGACCAACCUGCCAGUGUCCCAGUAUGCUCCGCGUGUCUCGAACAUCUCGGACGGCGCAUGGAAUCACCUCGAAGGAACUCUCAUCAUCAGCAGACAGGACGACGCCUUCCCACCAACGAGCUGGCCUGUGUGCGAUUCCAACUUCAAGGCUCUCGUCUACCUUCAACCCGGCCCCAACAAGAUCAGACUUGAAUUCUCCAGCCCCAAGCUUGCCAACAGCUCAUCCUCCAACCCAAUCCAUGUCUCGUACUUUACCUUUCACAUGGUGCCUUCAUUGAAUGCACCACCGCUGCAGCUGGCCAUUGUCCUAGGCAAGGACUCACCCGGGACCUUUGAUGCCACGCCGUCGCGUGCUGAACGGGAAGGAAAUGGUCUGGAUACGGCUAUUAAGAAGUUCCGAAUGGCAGCCUACCUCUGGCAGGCCUUCACCGCAGAGCAGAUGUGGAGGCACAAGCUUGGGCGGCGGACGUUUCGAUUCGAGGAGGAGUGGACGUCGGGCUCUGCCAAUUACCGCGAUAGGGAGAGUGGCACCAUGCGAUCUGAGGCCCGCGUUCACGUAAUCCGGUCCGACAAGACGGUGGCAGAGUUGCGGGACCUCAACAAGGCGCAGCAGUACGACAAGGCCACGGACAAGAAUGCCCUCUUUGACAUUGCCGCUUCAGCAGUGAAGAAGCAGCUGAACCCGUUGCCGGGCCAGACCCAAUACGUUGCGGUUCUCCUGCUCGAUGCCCACUGGGACAAGGACGCCAAAACCAUACGCGGUCACGCCGCGCUCGGGGGCGGCAGCGGAGAUUUGCAACUGGGCAUUUUUGGGUCACACUGCCUGCACAGCUACCCCAGCUGCUUCGAGGAGGUGGUGCCGGCCUUCACCGAUUGCACGCCAACGGACACUGCGUAUGUGGCUAACGACUGCAACGAGGCGGGGAGCUCCUGGGAAGCUGCCAAUAUUGGCAUCGGCGCGCAUUUGCACGAGGUUGGCCAUUUGUUUGGAUGCCCACACCAGGAAGGAGGAAUCAUGCUCAGAGACUACGUCGUUCUCAAUCGGAGCUUUGUAGCUCGUGAAGCAUAUUCCACCAGGACCAAGUCCAAGGGGGGUUUGGCCCUGCAAGCCGACGAGUGUGGCUGGCAUCGCCUGGACUGCCUUCGCUUCCGAGCGCAUCCUGCCUUUAGGCUACCCAACGACCCCCCGAUGAAUCCCGACGAGAGCGUCCAGGCCUUUGCUAUCGACGGCGGCAACGUUCUGACCGUGGCACAGACUGGGAUCGCCUUUAUCGAAAUCUACGGAGAGGGAGAUGAUGUCUGCCGCUCAUGGAUCGAGUACAUGCCAGAUACCAAUACCCCCAUCCAGCGGCAAGUGACGUUGAUCGAGCAGGACUUGCGAGCUCGCUUGCCGGAGGCCAAGAGAAAGGGACGCAUAAGGGUGUCCAUCAAGUCUCACGGCGGAGGGUCCCUGGAUAUCGACGACUUCAAGGCGUUUGCAUCAAAGUCGUCAUCGGUGAAGCUGCCGGGUGGCAAGCUGGCGUUCCGGUGCAAGAGCCUCGGGCACUCCAAGAUGCAAGGCAGCGAGCCCCACGAGGUUAUUUUCACCAGCGCUCUGAAGCAGGACCGCGUCAUGUCUCGUGUCAUUGUGUACCAUGGCCGAGCAUUGGACGGACUCGAAUUCGUCUACGACGAUAACUCGACGCAAUUGUUUGGGAAGAGGGGAGGAAAGGUGGGGGGAGACACCUUUGAAUUUGAUGUCCGGCGCGGAGAGUACCUCACAGGGUUCGUCGUGAGGGCCGGCUUUUGGAUCGACGGCGUCCAGCUCUUGACCAGCCUCGGUAGGAAGUCUGCCAUGUUUGGCAAUGCCCAUGGAGGUUCUGCGUAA